UCCCGCGCGUGCCCGUGCCUGCGCGCGCGCCACCCCCCGAGCGAACGAGACCGGGAGGCGAGCUGGAUGAGGGAGCAUGUCUGCCGGCCGGGCGAAGAAAGUGAAGAUGGCCACCAAGUCCUGCCCGGAGUGUGACCAGCAGAGAGAAAUCAGAAGUGAGGCUAAGAGAAGACGGACAGAGAGGGUCAAACGAGAGAAGAUAAACUAUGUGGGAAACAGAGACUUGGAAAACAGGAGGCGGUCCAGAUCCAACAGCCACUCGGACCACAGUCGAAGAGGGAGGGGACGACCAAAGACUGUCUCGGCCAAAAAACACGAAGAAGAACGAGAAAAACAGGAGAAAGAAGUGGACAUGUAUGCAAACCUAUCUGAUGAAAAAGCGUUUGUAUUUUCGGUGGCCUUGGCAGAAAUAAACAGGAAAAUUAUCAACCAGAGACUGAUUCUUUGAUUGCCUGGUUGGAAAUAAGCAUGCCACACUCUUUAAAGACGGGUAAUGACCUUGGGACAUGCAGGAGCCUCUUGAUGAGCAAAUCUGAUCUUACGUCAGUGAAGGCUGUCUCUUUUUCCUGGCUGACCUGUUGCCGCCGUUGCCGCUUUUCAUUUAGUUUCCGGAGCCCGCUAACUCGUCCGUUCCAGCUAAUACUCAAGAGUUAAACAAGCAACGUUUUCUUUGGGGAAGGAAAGGUCAAAAAUGAUAAACCUGCAGUUCUACCAAGAUAGCUUCUACAAGAAUUCGGCAGACUUAAAACAACCAAACCGUUGUGUCUUUGAAGCGUUCUGCAAUUAGGAUGAAGUGUUUUGAUUCGUUUACAUUUCCUUCACGACCUACACUCCAGAGUUUCACCUUCGUGUUGAAGCUUACAUGUAUAUAGUUCGGCUAACCCUUUUAAUAAAUGAAUAUUCUGAUAUUUUA